AUGGCUUUCCCAAAACCAGAGUUAAUCGCAUUCCUUCUCUUUGCCGUUGUAGCCCUCUCCUUCACAGCCCCUUCCGGCGCAGCCGACUGUGGCACCGGCGCCGGUGAAAUUUCCGUUUAUUGGGGUCAAAAGUCCGAAUCAGUUGAGGGCACCUUAGAAAGCCUAUGUUCCAGUGGGAACUACAACAUCGUCAUCCUCCAAAGCCUUCUGGUGUACGAUGAUGGCAGAGUACCAGCAAUAAACCUGGAUGAUCAUUGUGGCACUUCUUGCCCCGCCAAGCUACAGCCACAAAUAGAAUACUGCCAACAAAACAACAUCAAAGUGUUACUUUCCAUUGGCCAAGACGUAACAGCCCUAAAAACCAAAAGCCACCGCCACUACUCCUCCAGCUCCAGCUCCAACUCCACAGCAGCUGCAGAAAAGCUUGCAAGCUACCUCUUGGAGAACUACCUCAGUGGCAACCCUGGUCCACUGGGAAGCGUAGCCCUAGAUGGCAUCAACCUUGCUGACGUGGCGGACGGCGAAAACCUUAAAUGGGACGAAGUUGUGAAGGCCAUUAACGCAUCCACCACCGCCAGAAAAAUCUACUUGGGUGCAGGACCCGAAUGUGUGUACCCGGAUUACUACCUUGGCAAGGCAAUCAGCACUGGGCUCUUUGACUACAUCUGGGUGGAGUUCUUCUACCAGAACCCUUGCAUUUACGCAAACGGAGACGCUUCUAAUCUUUUGAAAGAGUGGAACAAAUGGAGCGCUGGUGUUCCCGGCAGCAAAAUAUUCUUGGGCCUGGUUGCUGCCUGCGAUGCCGGCAUAGCAGGGUACAUACCACCGGAAGAUCUUAUUUCUAAGGUUCUGCCAACCGUAAGACAAUCUUCGAACUAUGGUGGUGUAGCCAUUUGGGACAGAGCCCUUGAUAUCGCUAAUAACUACACUGCUCAGAUAAAAAUCGACGUCCCUAAAGGUUGCAUAUGUGUGUGUAAUGGUGAUGAUGCAUGGAACCGUCUCUAUGGUCUUGGUUCCGCGUCGCUGAGGAUGUCGGUUUGA